CGCAGCCACUGGCUGGGCCAGGCCUGCAUCUCCUGCUUUCAUUCCACAACUAGGACUGGGCCUUCAGGCCUUGGGGCUAGCAGGGAACAACGCAAAGCUUCAGUGCUCAUGUGUGUCAUCUGCUUUGUGAAGGCACUAGUACACGUGUUCAAGAUCUACUUGACAGCAAACUACAGUUACAACUUCCGCAGCUGGCCGGUGGACUUCCGCUGGGAUGACCUGCAUGUCCCAGGCACUAAUAAUAGCAGUCACCGUGCAUUGACCUGUGCUGCAGCUGCCGCAGGUGUGUGGCUGCUACAUGAUGCGGCGCUGGGCGAGGACGCACUCACAAGGCCUCCACGUGGAGCUCGGAGCCAAGUGCAGUGCCUCCUCCAGCAGAUCCGUGAGCUGCCCAGCCAGCUCGCUAGCUAUGCACUGGCACACUCACUGGGCCGCUGGCUUGUAUACCCGGGUUCUAUGUUCUUGAUGACGCGCGCACUAUUGCCUCUACUGCAGCAGGGCCAGGAGCGACUAGUGGACCGCUACCGUGGGCGGCGUGCCAAGUUGGUGGCCUGCGAUGGCAAUGAGAUUGACACCAUGUUCAUGGAUCGCCGGCAGCAUCCCGGCAGCCAUGGCCGCGGCCUGUGCCUGGUUAUAUGCUGUGAAGGGAAUGCUGGCUUCUACGAGAUGGGCUGCCUGUCCGCACCUCUGGAGGCUGGAUACUCAGUGCUAGGCUGGAACCACCCUGGCUUUGGGGGCAGCACAGGUGCACCUUUCCCACAACAUGAUGCAAAUGCAAUGGAUGUGGUGGUCAAAUAUGCGCUGCACCGCCUGCAUUUCUCACCAGCAAAUGUGGUGGUUUAUGGCUGGUCUAUAGGAGGCUUCACAGCCACUUGGGCCACCAUGACUUACCCAGAACUGGGUGCACUAGUGCUGGAUGCCACCUUUGAUGAUCUUGUGCCACUAGCGCUGAAGGUUAUGCCCCAGAGUUGGAAGGGGCUGGUAGUACGCACUGUACGGGAGCACUUCAACCUCAAUGUUGCUGAGCAGCUGUGCUGCUACCCAGGCCCAGUACUCUUGCUAAGACGUACACAAGAUGAUGUUGUCAGCACCUCGGGCCAUGUACCCUCGUUGCCAUCUUGCCAAGUGGAGGGCGAUGUGGAAGGUAACCGUGGCAAUGAGCUGCUGUUGCGCCUUCUGGAGCACAGAUACCCCUCUGUGAUGGCCCGUGAGGGCCGCACAGUGGUAAUCCGCUGGCUACGUGCCAGCAACCUGGCUCAAGAAACUGCAUUAUAUGCACGCUACCACGUCGAUGAUGAGUGGUGUUUGGCAACACUUCGUUCUUAUCGUGAGGGCCGCCAGAAGGAUUUGGACCAUACCAAGACCUGGGGGCCACACGGACCUUCCUUUCCCUGGUUCGUGGGCCAAGGUUUGAGCGCCCGGCGGCGCCGGCACCUUGCACUGUUCUUGGCACGUAGGCACCUCAAGAACCUGGAGGCAACUCACUGCAGUCCCUUGGAGCCUGAAGACUUCCAAUUGCCCUGGAGACUGUAGCCACAGUUUAUGUGACUCAUGCAUUUGGGCAUUUGUAUACUUUCUAGCUCCCCACCCCCACUGUUCCUCUCCUUACAUCUCUACAGAAAAGCUGGCCCUGCUGAGGAUCUUGGUGUCUGGGAGUGGGCAGUAUAUCUUCCCUUACUUUCUUUCUGUUCCUUCCUGCUUCCAUCCUUUCUCUUCCUUGCAAACAUCUGAAUGUCUGUGCCUAAUUCUCAAAGGCAAUGUAAAGAUGAACCUGAUCCAAUUAAUGGUGAUCCAAUUUAUGUGGUGUUUGCUCAUGGGAGACCAUGGGAGGCUGUGGGGUCACAGGGAAGUGCCUUUCACAUUGCUUGGGCUGUAGGGUAGCUCCUGAGAAGAGGACAGCAACUAAAGAUUCAAGUAGUGCCCAGUGAAGAGAUUCCUGCCACUGUAGGGUCUCAUUCUAGCAGGUCUCAGCAGUUGCUGCUGUGCAGUACCCCCCUUCGCAUUUCUGUAUUCUAUGGAGGGGAGAUUUACAGAGGGACUGCAGACCUAUGUCAACAGGGUGCAGGAUGGCCUGAGUCCUAGAGAUUCUGAAUUGUUACCGGGUGUUAACAUUACCCACUUAUUACUGGGUGUCAUCUUGGGCCAGACCUGGGCUAGGUCUGGGCUUUGUUCAUGGCUCAAGAAUGCAAACUGAAUGACAAGUGUUCAGCUCACCACUGUCUGCACUGUGGUCACUCACUACAUGAAGAAGGGACUACUGCUCUUGUCAUUUCCAGCCCUGUGGACAGGGGCUGAUCAGGCUGGGUUAAGCAAGAUGGUAAAUGGAGAAGAUAUAUUAAUGGACAGCCUUGAACAGGAUUCUGUCACAGACAAUGAAGCACAUAGUCCCGUGCAAGAAGACAUCUGUAGGGAGAAGAGCCAGAGAAGGGACAGGUAGUGGGAAGCUACCAGGAACUAGUACUCACUCGGGCUUAGCUGGAGAGGGAAAUUCUGAAAGAGGGGCAAUAUCGUUUAAGGGUUUUUUUCUUCCAGAAAAAAAUUCAGAGCCAAAAAGAAAUUGUAAGGCUUGUUUUUAGCAGAGAGUUGCCCAAUGGUCACGACUCCCUUAUUUGGAGUCAGGGCGAGUCUUGUUCUCCUGUCGGUGUUGACACAUUAAAACCAUAAGAACCUCAAACCUCUUGAGUGAUCUUUGGAAAAUUACUUUAGCCUCAGUUUGUUCAUCUGUAAACUGGGAGGGGGUGCCAAUGCUGGCUCACCUGUUGCUGUGAAAAGAAAGUGAGAAAACAUAGGGGUUCUUACACCCAGCUGGGCUUCAGUUAUUGGGAGGGUCCAACAGGCCCCCGAGGUGUUCAAUGCUGUGUGAACUCUUCCAGUACCAGAAUGCAAGCUGCCCAGCAGCCCCAAAACAGCUGGCCUACUAGAGUAGGAAUCCAGCUGGAGAGAGCGGCACCUGCAGGGCAAGAGGACGAAUCGCGCUCUCUUCAUUUUUAGUGCACUUCUAGACAAUAAAAAGUCUCCUUGGGGUUGCGGAUUUAGCUCAGUGGUAGAGCGCUUGCCUAGCAAGCGCAAGGCCCUGGGUUCGGUCCCCAGCUCCAAAAAGUCUCCUUAAAGAGGCUGCGAAAGUUAUUUGGUACAGUGCUUGCCCAGGAUGCAUCAAGUUCUGAAUUCUCGAUCUCCAAUGCGGUAUAAAUCAGCUGUGAUGGCUUACUCCUGUAAUUCUAGUACUAGGGAGGUGGAUACAGGAGGAUUUUGGUAAAUUCAAGGUCGUCCUUUGCUGCAAGCAACCUGCCUCAAAAACCAAAAGAAUUUACAGGGAGUGGGGAGAGGUUGACCUGACAUUGGGGAGUGCACGGGCCUGAGUUUGACCCGUCGAGAUGCAAGGUCGAAGGUCUUGUGGGCAGCCGAGGUUUAGGUGGGAAGCCAGCGAACUGUAACACAAUCCGAGCCAUCCCUCGAGUUUCAGCUGUUCUGCCCUUUUUACCCUGGAAUUUUACUAUGGAACCUGAUUAGAAGCAUUGCUUCCUGCUUCGCUGCAGUCUGACCUAUCAAAUUGAAAGAUUGGUCUUCGGUGGGGCCAGAGGACUUUCUCAUUGGACACUACUUCACCGAGGGCGGGGUGAAGGCGGAGUACGAACCCGAGCGGAAGGAAGGCGGCGCGUCCCUGAUUACGUAAACGACUGCGGCCCUACAGUUCCACUGGCUCGUGUGUACCAAGCUGCCAGCUUGCAGUUCUCGGGGCUUGGCUCCUGUAGUACCUGCGAUCCCAGCACCGACGCCAGCUACACCCAGCUGCCGCCUGAACAUGGAUUCUGCUAGCCAAGAUAUCAACCUGAAUUCUCCUAACAAAGGUGUGCUGUCUGAUUUUAUGACUGAUGUCCCUGUUGACCCAGGUGUGGUCCACCGGACUCCAGCUGUAGAGGGCCUGACCGAGGUGGAGGAAGAAGAGCUCCGGGCUGAGCUUGCUAAGGUGGAAGAGGAAAUUGUCACUCUGCGCCAGGUGCUGGCAGCCAAAGAGAGGCACUGUGGAGAGCUGAAACGGAGACUGGGCCUCUCCACAUUAGGGGAGCUGAAGCAGAACCUGUCUAGGAGCUGGCAUGAUGUGCAGGGCUCUACUGCCUACAAGAAGACUCAGGAAACUCUUUCACAGGCAGGGCAGAAAACAUCAGCUGCUCUGUCCACCAUGGGCUCUGCCAUCAGCAGGAAGCUCGGAGAUAUGAGGAACUCUGCAACCUUCAAGUCAUUUGAAGAUCGAGUGGGGACCAUAAAGUCUAAGGUUGUGGGCGGCAGAGAGAAUGGCAGCGAUACCCUCCCUUCCUCACCUGGAAGUGGUGACCAGACAUUGCCGGAUCAUGCGCCUUUCUAAGCCUGCCAUAGCUUGCCAGCCACAGAAUACAGAAGCACACCCUCAUCAUCACAGCUGCAACUCUGCAUGACAGAGCAACCAGCCAGGACAGUGAAGAGCUGGUUUUGAAGACAGUCAUACCCAUGUUCAUGCAGAUGUGGCUGCCUUGGCAUGAAUUAGAGAACAGUCUUGUACAUAAAUGUUUUACACUAAAGUUCAUAGAUGAAGCAGAUCGCUGUGCCAUCCUUUCCAGGGCCACAGGAAGUGGACAGGGUGGAGGGGUCUGAGGAGUACUGAACAGGAGCCCAUGCUCCCUUUGAAGGUCUCACCAGAAUGUUAAGGGAAGAAGUGUUGGGAAUUAAGUGAACAAUAUUUCCUUCCUGACCUCCUCCCCUAGCUCCAAAGGAAUACACUCACCUAGGUCAUAUUGCAUGAACACAGUUUUCAUAUAGAUUGAGGAAUGAGAGUUCUCUAUUUUAUAGACCCUAGAAAGGAAACAUAAGCAACUGCUACAUUCUUACAGUAACAACCUGGCUUUGGCAGAAGCAGAUUUACUAUUUUUUUAAAUGUGAUGGACUUUUCAAAAAUUAAAUAGAAAAAAAGGUGAGGCAAAGCAGCUUUAGCCUCACUGUUGAAUAUUAUUUCUUUGAAUCCAAGCUGAAACUCAAGCCUUACAUCGCCUUAUGCUUUGUGUAGUCUUUUAUAUAUCUGUAUAAGUGAGGGUUCUCUAAUGGGUUAUGGUACUAUGUAGAGUUUUACUCUGGCCCAUCUCAUACUCUGCCAGUACCAGUUAUUACAUUUUAUUUCUCUAAUACUUCCUCCUGCUGUGCAAAGCUUGGUUCUCUUAAGUAAGGAGUGGCAUUUUCCAAUAGCUUUCCACUCUGCCUCACAGGGCUCCUGUGCGGUGGGUCAGGAGGGCUGAGAGAAGAAGAAAAGCCUUUAUCUUUAGCAUUUGAAUGGGAUGUGCCCUGUACAGUGCUGCUUUACUGACAGUGGGUAGGGCGCUGGUCCAUAGUUUCUGCCUGUCUGUUCAUUACAUGGAGAAUAAAUGAAAAGCAGAACCAACCUUGCAGGUCAGGUAAGGGAUGUGGUUUUGGUUCAGCCAGAACUCUGCUGUCAUCUUUUCUCAGGAGUUUCAACGAUUUCUAAGUUCCUUCCUCCUGCCUCCAUUUGCCACAUUCUGCAGCCUCUCAACACCAGGGCCCUGUGUGUUGAGAGUCACGAUUUGGAGAGAGGGGCAGCACUGUGCCUUAAUGGCUUUGAGCAGGGCAAAGACUUUAUCUGUGUUGUGCAUAUCUCUGCACUCCUAGGGUGAGGUGGGAUUUGUCCCUUUUAGUUUCUGGUCUGAUACAGUGUGACAUACCCUGGCUUCUUUGGACACCCUUAGAAUACUGUACCACACAAAGCAAGGAACAGCAAGUAAUUGGGGAGCUGAGGAAGAACAUGUUAUUGGUGUCUCCUUUUCCAGGGUUAAAAACUAAUAGCUGUGUGAGGGAACACAUUACAGGAGUGCAGGUCACUGAUGUAUCCCUAACAAAUAUUAGCAGACAACUUGUCAAUAAAGCACUCCUUUGGAGGAAAAUACA